ACCAGGCACUAAGGCAGCAAAGCACAGUGAGAAGUGAUUUGGAAAAUCCAAAGUUGGGGUUGGAAUUCCUCUGCCCAGCCUAUGGCAGAGUCCCCCAUCCUCAGCUGCUGGGAGAGCCUUGAACCCUGGAGCCGUGGGGCAGCCUGGGCUGAGGGGUCCCUCCAUACCACCCUGGCUGCCUCCUGGAUAGGGCCUGGGCCUCUUCCGGCCAGUCUGCUCUCAGUGGGGUGGGGUCAAGCUGGAGGGGCUGGCUGUGUGCUCGAGGCCGAGUGAGCUGCCUGCUAAUGGGGCUGGGCCACCCUGCGCUGCUCCCUGAAGGCUGGACAAGGCUAGGAUUGUUUCCCUGCUCCCUUUGUCUCCCACACCCCGCCCAGGCCUGGCCCGCCUGCCUGCCGCUCCUCUCCCUCCCUUUGGCCCAGCUGGCAAGAGCCAGGGAUCCGCCCGUGGAGCCCAGGGCCUGCCGACCCUCUGGCUUAGGAGCGCCCGUCAAGCUCUGGGUGUUCUGGGAAGAUGGUAUCAUGUCUGGCUACCGCCGCCCCACCAGCUCGGCCUUGGACUGUGUCCUCAGCUCUUUCCAGAUGACCAACGAGACCGUCAACAUCUGGACUCACUUCCUGCCCACCUGGUACUUCCUGUGGCGCCUCCUGGCGCUGGCGGGAGGCCUGGGUUUCCGGUCGGAGCCCUACCACUGGCCGCUGCUCAUCUUCCUGCUGCCCGCCUGCCUCUACCCGUUUGCAUCGUGCUGCGCGCACACCUUCAGCUCCAUGUCGCCCCGCGUGCGUCACAUCUGCUACUUCCUGGACUACGGUGCGCUCAGCCUCUACAGCCUGGGCUGCGCCUUCCCCUAUGCCGCCUACUCCAUGCCGGCCUCCUGGCUGCACAGCCGCCUGCACCAGCUCUUCGUGCCCGCCGCCGCACUCAAUUCUUUCCUGUGCACCGGCCUCUCCUGCUACUCCCGGUUCCCAGAGCUAGAAAGCCCUGGGCUCAGUAAGAUCCUCCGCUCAGCCGCCUUCGUCUAUCCCUUUCUGUUCGACAACCUCCCGCUUUUCUAUCGGCUGGGACUGUGCUGGGGCAGGGGCCGCAGCUGUGGGCAGGAGGCGCUGAGCACCAGCCACGGCUACCACCUCUUCUGUGCGCUGCUCACUGGCUUCCUCUUUGCCUCUCAUCUGCCUGAGCGGCUGGCACCAGGACGCUUUGACUACAUCGGCCACAGCCACCAGCUAUUCCACAUCUGUGCAGUGCUGGGCACACACUUCCAGCUGGAGGCGGUGCUGACUGAUAUGGGAUCUCGCCGAGCCUGGCUGGCCACGCAGGAACCGCCCCUAGGCCUGGCAGGCAUGGUGGCCACUCUGGGCUUGGCAGUGGCCGGGAACUUGCUCAUCAUUGCCGCUUUCACAGCUUCCCUAUUUCGGGCCCCCAGUACAUGCCCCCUGCUGCAAGGCGGCUCACUGGAGCGGGGUACAAAGGCCAAACUGCAGUGAGGUCCCAGCUCUGGAAAGGGUCUGCCCUGGAAAGAGGCAGAGGCCAGGCAGGCCCUCAUGUAGGGGAGGAGCCCAGACCCAGGCCUGAUAAGAUGGGGGCACAUCUGAGCCUGGAAGCAAGGGUGGCUGAGGACAGAGCGUGGAGGUGAGAAGGGAACUGGGAAGACAGAGGUGAGGAGAGGGCCUGGGAGGCUGGGAAAGAGCAGGAGGCUCAAGGAGGGGGCUCUUGAUGGGCUUGGGAGGUGCUGAGGGUCUGAGAGGGGAGGUGCGUGUGUCCAGGCUGGAGCUGCCCCACCUGCCAUGGAAGGCUGGGGUGGGAGGCGCUGGGUCCUUUUAUCUGGUCCCAUUUCUGGUGCUCCUGGAAUUUCUGCACAGCCCAGGGAAGAACUAACAUGGCUAACCCAGGCCCCCCCCCGAAUGCUUGUUAACCCAGCUGGGAGGCCCGCUUGUGCCCUACCCCCAGACCAGGCAGCGCUGGCCGCUGGCAGUUCUUGGCCUGUGGCCGUGAGGGCAUCUGUCCUGGUCCCAACCGUGGACUCCGCAUCCAGGCCUCUGGGAUCUGGUCUAUUUGGGUGUGUCAUGGAUGGGGCAGUGGGUUGAGGUGGGGGGAGGGUGCUGGGCUAGAGAGGAGAACCCUAGCUAGACUUUAGGGAGCUACCGUCAAUGCUUCUGGAAUCAGGCAGGGAUAAAUAAAUAAAUCAACAACA